CGCGGGGGGGGGAAGAUGCGGGGGCGUGGGGCGGGGAAGCCCCCGGUCCCCCCCCCACGCCCCCCAACCCCCCCAUUCGCCGCCGCUCCCGCAGGCACCCGGCUGCGGCGCACGGAGCGCGCACCCCCCCAGCCCCUUCGCCCCCCCCCCAAAUCCCGUGGGGCCGUGACAGGCGUGGAGGGAAACCCAUGGCACCCGGCCCCCCGGACCCCCCCCGUGCCAAGCCCCAGCCCCGCUCCCAUAGCCCCUAGCGCCCCGAGACCCCCCCCCGCCGGCAGCGGGGAGCGCGAGCAGGUGCCCCCCGCGCCGCUGAGCCAUGCGGCAUCGCCCGGCCCCCAGCUCGCCACAGCCAUGAGCGGCUGCCGCUCCAAUGGGGGGGUCCUGAGCGCCUCGACCCCCACCCUGCACCCAGCGGAGGCCGAGACCCAACCCCUGCGACCCCGCCGCCCCCCCGGGUUGGAGGAGGUGGUGGUGGUCUCCCGGCCCGAGCAGCAGCCCCCAGCCCCCGGGGGGGAUGCGGCGGAGACGCGGGGGCCGCGGCGCCCCCAAAACAUCGGCUACAAGCUGGGCCACCGGCGCGCCCUCUUCGAGAAGCGCAAGCGGCUCAGCGACUACGCCCUCAUUUUCGGCAUGUUUGGCAUCGUGGUCAUGGUCACGGAGACGGAGCUGUCCUGGGGGGUCUACACCAAGGAGUCGUCGUACUCAUUUGCACUGAAAUGCCUUAUCAGCCUCUCCACCCUCAUCCUCCUGGGGCUCAUCGUCAUGUACCACGCCAGGGAGAUCCAGCUCUUCAUGGUGGACAACGGCGCGGACGACUGGCGCAUCGCCAUGACCUACGAGCGCAUUUUCUUCAUCGCCCUGGAGCUGCUGGUGUGCGCCAUCCACCCCAUCCCCGGGCAGUACCUGUUCACCUGGACGGCUCGCCUCGCCUUCACCUACGCCGCCUCGGUGGCCGACGCCGACGUGGACAUCAUCCUCUCCAUCCCCAUGUUCCUGCGGCUCUACCUGAUCGGGCGCGUCAUGCUGCUGCACAGCAAGCUCUUCACCGACGCCUCCUCCCGCAGCAUCGGCGCCCUCAACAAGAUCAACUUCAACACCCGCUUCGUCAUGAAGACCCUCAUGACCAUCUGCCCCGGCACCGUGCUGCUGGUCUUCAGCAUCUCCUCCUGGAUCAUCGCCGCCUGGACCGUCCGCGUCUGCGAGAGGUACCACGACAAGCAGGAGGUGACCAGCAACUUCCUGGGGGCGAUGUGGCUGAUCUCCAUCACCUUCCUCUCCAUCGGCUACGGGGACAUGGUGCCGCACACCUACUGCGGGAAGGGCGUGUGUCUGCUCACUGGCAUCAUGGGUGCCGGCUGCACGGCUCUGGUCGUCGCCGUCGUUGCCAGAAAGCUAGAGCUCACCAAAGCGGAGAAACACGUGCACAAUUUCAUGAUGGAUACGCAGCUAACGAAGCGGGUGAAAAAUGCUGCUGCCAACGUACUCAGGGAAACGUGGCUCAUCUACAAACACACCAAGCUGGUGAAGAAGAUCGACCAUGCCAAAGUUCGGAAACACCAGUGUAAGUUCCUCCAAGCCAUCCAUCAAGCCCAGAAGUUGAGGAGCGUGAAGAUGGAGCAGCGCAAGCUGAACGACCAGGCCAACACGCUGGUGGACCUGGCGAAGACCCAGAACAUCAUGUACGACAUGGUGUCGGAGCUGCAGGAGCGCAACGAGGAUCUGGAGAAGCGCAUCGGCGCCCUGGAGAGCAAACUGGAGGCGCUGGGGCUGAGCCUGCUGGCGCUGCCGGGGCUGGUCAGCCAAGCCAUCGGGCAGCAGCAGCGCGAGCUGCUGGGGACCUGGACCCCCUGCACCCCCCCCUGCCGCCGCAGGUCCCCCCCCACCGCCCCCCACACCUCCUCGGACAGCGGGUGAUUUGUAGGAGGGGGGGGGUUGAAUGGGGAGGGGGGGUCCCUUUUAUGUCUGGCCAUCGUGUGGCUGAUUUCAGUAGCUUUGUUCUGUAAAGCCCUCUAUAAACUUCCUGCGUUCACUGUG